AUGGCGAGCAAAGCUAUGUGGGAGGUGGAUCCAGAGACUCGGUCAAAGCUCCUUGAGAUUCAGAAAACCUCCCAAAACGAUCGUUGCUGCGACUGCGGUGCCCCUUCUCCACAAUGGGCUUCUCCCAAAUUCGGCGUCUUCAUCUGCCUGAGCUGUGCGGGUGUGCAUAGAGGAUUAGGAGUACACAUCAGUUUUGUGCGAAGUAUCACUAUGGAUGCUUUCAAGGCGAUGGAGAUUGAGAGGAUGAGAUUGGGUGGUAAUGGGCCUUGGAAGGAGUUCUUCGAGAAGGCGGAGUCUAAUCAAAUGGCGGGCAUAACCUGGGAUGAUGUAACAAUCGCAGAAAGAUACUCUGGCGAAGUAGGAGAGGAGUGGAAAGAACGCUUAUCUGCAAAGGUUGAAGGAAAGGAAUACGUCCCAGGCCAGAAGUCUGCACCAUCUAUAAACUCCAACUCGCGCAGCCAAACGCCCCUCGGGUCUAGAAGCCGAACGGACUCUCCAGCGCGACCAACUGGUGCCGCAGGCGUUGGAAGUAAAGCCAAAGUAGAUGAUAAAUACUUUGCUGGUCUUGGUGCUGCAAACGCUGGCAGACCAGAAGAUCUCCCUCCCAGCCAAGGAGGAAAGUAUGCCGGUUUUGGAAGCACGCCCAUCGAGCGACCAGGUCAAGACAAAGCAUUGCCAGGUCUCGACGAUCUACAAAAAGACCCAUUGGCAGCGAUUGGAAAGGGCUUUGGCUGGUUCACAAGCACGGUUGGAAAGACAGCAAAGACAGUCAAUGAUAGCUAUAUCCAGCCCACAGCACGACAGGUAGCGGAAUCCGAUUUUGCGAAGCAGGCAAGUCUUACUGCCGCCCAGGUGGCGAGGAACGCACAGACAGGAGCCAAGAGUGCGGCGGAGGGCUUCAAUCGCUUUGUUGACGGAAGCGAUGGGCCUUCGAGAACGGGCGGAUACAGGAGUAUGCCGCUGGAUGAGAGUAAGAAGGAUUUCUGGGACAGCUUUGCAGAAGCUGGGAGCGCCAAACAGAAUUCUGCGGUAGGCACUAGUGCUAUCAAGAAGAGUACGGGGCCAGCGCCGGGAACGAAGAGUGAGGAAGACAAUUGGGAUAAGUGGUGA